AUGCCCAAUAUCAAACACCGCGCCACUCCUGAGGAGACUCUUCAAUACUAUCGAGACAUGGAGGAAGAGGUUGGCUCCGAGAGGAGUGCCUGGCGCAAGGCCAAUCGAGCUCGCUUGGAUGGCUCGGAUAAUUACUACAUUUUGAUGCAGGCUACGAAGCAUGAGUACGUAUACCAUGUCGUGAUCCGAUUGGAACUCUGCACCAACACCAUGAAUAGGCCUCCCGUUUACCAUUCUCUCUCCAAGCCAAUCGGCAGGUGCUCUUCGACUCUUUCGUCCAAGUCGAUUAUCGAGUAUUUCAUGUCCACCGAAGAGAAGCUCGACUGCGACAACACCACGUCCACCAACAAGCAACUCAACUUCGUUCAUGAGCAGCUUGUAAAGAUCAACCUUCAUUCCAACUCUGCGCCAACUCCCACUGGUCCUUCCAACGCUGCUACGACCUUCCACCUCGAGGCUGUUGUUCAGCGCGCUCAGGGCUCUAUGAAGCAGGAUUUCUCUGAUCGUCUUCGUCUCAACCCUUUGCAUGCUACAGUCAACGUCCAAGACGAGAUCGUCACGGACGAGGAUGAUAAGAGUGAUAUCCCUUUGCUGUCUCGCGAGGUUGAGUUGGACGGCACCUGGAAGUAUCUCUCCCCAGACGGUAGCAUCUACGACAAGUACAACAAAGCCAGAGUAAACGGUGGUCUGCCGCUUCGCUUCUGGAUCUCUCGCAAUGCCGCUGAUAACCUUGAUCCCUCCGUUCUCAGAUCCAUUCGCUCUUCCAAGUUUGACCUUGCUCGUUUCGCGUCUCUUGAUGGUCCAGCUUCUUUCGAUGAUCCCGCUUCUCUCAAUGAUCCCGCUUCUCUUAAUGAUCCCGCUUCUCUUAAUGAUCCCGCUUCUCUUAAUGAUCCCGCUUCUCUUAAUGAUCCCGCUUCUCUUAAUGAUCCCGCUUCUCUUAAUGAUCCCGCUUCUCUUAAUGAUCCCGCUUCUCUUAAUGAUCCCGCUUCUCUUAAUGAUCCCGCUUCUCUUAAUGAUCCCGCUUCUCCUCCUGCCCCUAGGACUAUGAAAUGGGAAUGCACCGAUGGUCACCGUUUCCGUUCUUUCGAAGAAGCCUAUUUCCACGGUCAGGUCUCGCGUGAAGUUUAUCCAGAACCCGAGUCUGUAACUCUAUCUUUUGACAAAAUGUAUGGAUCAGACGAUGAGACCGACGACUCUAUGAAUGUGGAUGUUCAUAAUGACUCUGACAAGCCUACAUUUUCCACUGUCCAACCCGCUACUCCUGUUGCUGGUUUGAAGGAGUCCGAUGAUGAGACUCUCGUCGGCAUCGACGCUGCUGCGAGGGCUGAUUCUCGUACUGACACUGGCAAGCCUGCUUGGACAAACAUCGACGGUUAUGUUUCGCCUGGUUUCCGGCCCUCGACUCCUAUCGGCGGUUGGAAGAAGCGGUCUGACGACAAGAGUCACGACACGGAUGCGAAUGUUGAUAGUCUGGGCAGACUUGCUCAUACUCGCGUUCUCCGUUCUGCUUCUUUUCGGCAUCGUGCUCCUUCUGAUUUUAGGAAGCCGGCUGGGGAUAGACCCGAGUUCGAUCUGAAACAGUACUCCUAUGGCGGCCCUGGAUUCAAUUCUCCUGAUAAUCUGGAUGGUGCUGGUUCUGCUACCCUCCGAGUCCACAGUCCUCCUGCUCGCGGCUGGAAGGCUGAAGCUGAUGAUGCUCGCGACGCUUACGACUAUUCUGGCUACGGCCUUGACGGUGCUGCUUCUCCUGGUCUCCGCUCAUGUACCCCUCCUGCUUGUGGCUGGAAGUUUGAAACUGCGGAAGCGAUGUAUGCUUGUUAUGCGAAUGAUCGUCCCAACAGCUGCGUUGUGCCUCCGCUUACUGUUUCUCGCAAUGUGUCUGGCAACAUGUCUUCUGAGGCUUGUGUCAACCAAUUUGAGCGCUCUGCUGCUCCUUCACCUGAGGUUUCUUCGCCGGAUUUUUCUUUCGCUGAAAAGUCGUCUGCCGGCUUUCCUUUCAAUGGCACUUCAUCUGCUUCGGGCUGCGCUGAAACCCGUGAGGAAGCCGCUCUAUCGAGUGUUGGGUCUGCUGUCCACUCCGAACAAUGCUGGGAGCCUCUUAUGGACGAUAUCCAGGGCAUGCUCAAGAAAGAGCCCAACAUAGACUUCAAGUGGACUGCCAAUGUUCCUGUUCAACUCACCAAUGGCCAGCAGGCAUCUUUUCAUGCCCCCCUGGCUGCCAAAGAUACGCGCAGCUGUGCUACUUCCGUCGUGGACGAUGUCAAAAGCGACACUGCCGACGCCGCCUCCAUCCAUGAUACCAGCAUGGGCUCUGAUAGCGAUGCUUUGCCCCCUCGACACUACAGCAAAGACCUCUUCGGCAAUAACGGUUGGCUUGAUCAGACCAUUAUCGCCAAGACUAACAACAAGCGACGAGUUAGUUCGGGCCUCAAGGGGCUGGGACAGACUAUGAAGUCACACAUCAAGGAUCUGACUGGAGAGCCCAAGAGAGGACGUAUCUCCACAGUCAAUCCUACCAUCGCCAUCGAGAUCACGGCAGCUCUCUCUCUGAGCAUCGAGACGCAGGUCAAGCUUUACGCUGAGCUCGAGUACCUGAUUGUCACUACCGCAAACCAAUUCCUGAUGGACGAAUAUUACGACGGACACAUUUCUGAUCUCUCAAUCCGCCGAUUGAACAAGGAAUGGAUCUCCAAGAACCGUCCUGGUGUCCCUCAGUUCUGCUUUGACCAGUCCACCCAGCGUGAGCUUAUCUUCGCCAACCGCCAGAGCGUCAACUUUGGCGGCCGUGCCUCCACUCAGCCCAUGCUACUGCACUCAAUCUUCAGCAACUGGAAGGCAGUUUGCACCGAGACAAGUGUUCGCUCUUUCUGUCUCCCAGAUUCCGCCGUCCGCAAGCACUUGCGUGACAUUGAGGGUAUCUUGGAACUUCUGCAGGCCUCCCCCUCCGUUAUGGAGACCAUGCAGAUCCUUGCCAUGCGUACUCGCGAGGAGAUCCUCCAAGUCCGUGUUAGUCGUACUGCGCGCACAUCCUUUGGCUCUAGCGAUGGCCCUGACACAACCAGCACCCCCAGCACCCCCAGCACUCCCGGCGCAACUUUGGACACUAUCCUUCGACACACUACCAUGAAUUCUUCGGGCUCGAAUCCUUUCCGUACUCCUCGGAUCCCCCAGUCGCGCCGUCGUCAGAAUUCGCUGAAUUCGUCCAUUCCAGAGACACCUCUAUCUUUUUCUCAUAAUCACGCGGCUACUUUUGAGCGUGCUGGAUGGCCUGCUGAGUUUGCCAUUGACCGUCGCCAUCAUCAGGUGGCCUUGCAGGCUAAAACGUCUCUCUUUGAUGGACUUGCACUUCGCGAUCGUGAGCGUGCCCGCCACUGA